UAAGAAUAAGAACAACAGAACCGGUUCUCACUCGGACCGUAGGCUCAUCUUACUUGGAGAAGAUGGCCGCACCUCCACCGCUAAGUGCAACAUCUAGCUCUUUGGCGUUGGACUCUCACCGUGAGCUUCUUAAAAUGGUGAGGAGUCACGAGGUUGCUGUUGCGGAGCUCAAUAGCAUCUCUGCUUCACGAGUUGUCUACAAGAAAAACGGGAACCUUUUUUUCCGCACAAAUGCUCAGAAAGCAACUUUAGAUGAGCAAAAGCAAUUGGAGAUGGCCAAAGCUAAGCUACAGAAAUUAACUCUGACUUGAUACUAUGUUGUGUUCUUUCACGUUCAGUUGUAGCUAAGUGAACUGUUUAUUUCAUGAGCAAAAAGUUCCCUAUGCUUAUUUGAAAUGUUAUCAAUCUGUGUUUUCGUAUCUUGGUGUCAAGUGAUGUGUAAAUCGAAAGAGUACUAUGAUGAUAACUUUUGCAAUGAUAUCAGCGUAAUGAAACUUGAAAUUUAUUG